UGAUGACUAGAACUUUAUUGAUGUAUUCUGUCUAUGUCAAUAAUUCCUUUUGAAAAGUAGAAGCGGUUAUAGAGAACAAUAGGUCACUAUGGUAGCCUAAUGUGCUUAUUAUUGGGUAUCAUUAAUGGAGCAAGAAAUAAAGAUGACAGCGGUGGCUGGUCAGAAAUAUCAACCUUCGACUGGUUUUAAACAGAAAGAUGAAGAGGAAGAUGAUUUUGAAAAAGAGUUGGCAUCUUUUAUAGAAAAUGAAGAAAAACAACAAAAAAACAAUGAAAAAGAAACAAGUAUAAAUAAUAAUAAUGAUAAAGAAAAAGGAGAAAUCGAUAAAUUAGAGAAAGAAAGGGAGGAUGAAUAUAUAUUUACUAGUGAUCAACAACGAGCAAUGGAUGAAUUGUUGGCUCAAAGAGAAGAAGAUGAUUUUAUAGGAGAGGAAGAUCCACCAGAAUAUAAUGUAAAAGAAAGACUUCUUCAGUUAAAUGCUGAAUUAGCUAAAGAUCCAACACCUCUAGAAAAUAGUCACAGGGAUGUGCGGGUUAAUUUUAAAGACAAUCUUGUAGAUUUAGUGGCUCCCCCACCAGAUUUUAGUGAUGACGAGGGUGAAGCUAAAAAGGGCAAAUCUAGUGUUUCAUUUAGUGCUCCUGUGAAGGAGAAUAAAUCUGAAGAGGACAAUAAUAAGAACGCUAAUACUAAAAAAAACGAAAAGAAAUUUGUAGUGGAAAGAGAUGGAAAAUUUGAAGUGCUACACUCUACAGAGAUGACAUCAGAGGAACGUCAGUUAUAUGAUGCUGUUGAAACGUCACCUGUUGCUAAGAAACCAACUAAAACCACAACAACAACAUUUAACAAAACGAAAUCGGUAAAUUCGAACAACUCUAAUAUUCACAGUACAAAAAAACAGCCCUCCCCACCCGCAAAACCCAGGCCUUCAACUGCCAAUAAUAAUACACGAAGAAAUGUCCGUCCUUCAUCAUCCCCACCCCGUCCCAGAUCGGCUGCAAUUCCAUUAAAUAAUUCUUCUCCGUUGGAAAAUUUUGAUUAUCGUUCACCAUACGCUAUGACGGAUGAAGAAAAGAGUCAGUUUCGACAAUAUGCUAAACAGCAGGAAGAUAAAAAACGACAAGAUUUGGAAAACAAGAAGAGAAACGAAGAGGAAAAACAAAAGGAACUAGAUGGAAUUUUUCAAUCAUGGUUGAAUAAGAAGAAAGAAGAAGAUCAGAAACGGAAGUUAGAAGAAAAGGAAAAGAAGAAAGCUGAAGUAAAAGAGGAUAAGAAAAAAACUGGAGAAUUGCAGCAAUCAUCUUUGGAAUCUAAUGAAUCACCUGAACAGAGAGAACUAAAUGAGAAAAUAUUCAAAAGUUGGAUGAAAAACAAGGAAAAUCAACAUAAAACUGAAAAAUUAUUAAAGAAAAGGCAGGAUCAGGAAAUGAAGGAAGGGCUAGUACUCCAUAAUCGUGAAGAAUGUGAAAAAUCAUUUAAAAGGUGGUUACGAAAGAAGAAUGCUGAAAUCCGUCGGAAGAAAAAUGUUGAACGUCAAAAAAUACGCUAUCUCAGAUUAUCUGCAAGGAAAUCGCGGAAAUCGCAGGCUUUAGCUCGUGCCAUUCAACAAUCUCAAUCUUAUAAAUAUGUUGAUUUUAAUUAUUAAAUGUUUUCAAAAUUAUGUUUUUAAAUAUCAAACUCAUUGAUUUGUUAACAAUAUGACAAUUUGUGAAAUUCAUUGAGUUUUUAUGUAAACAUUCUAAAUAUAGCCUAUGUUUGUCUUAAUUUAAAGGGAUAUUACCAGAUAUUACAGAUGUUUAAUUAGUGCAUGCAGUGUGCUAGGAGUCAAUAACUGACUUUAGGAAGUCAGUAACUGAUUUUAUGGAGUCAUUAACUGACUUUAUGGAGUCCGUAACUGUCUUUAUAGAGUCGGUAACUGACUUUAUGAAGUCUGUAACUGUCUUUAUGGAGUCAGUAACUGACUUUAUGAAGUCCGUAACUGUCUUUAUGGAGUCAGUAACUGACUUUAUGGAGUCAGUAACUGACUUUAUGGAGUCGGUAACUGUCUUUAUGGAGUUGGCAACUGACUUUAUGGAGUCGGCAACUGACUUUAUGGAGUCGGUAACUGUCUCUAUGGAGUCGGUAACUGUCUUUAUGGAGUCAGCAACUGACUUUAUGGAGUCAGCAACUGACUUUAUGGAGUCAGCAACUGACUCUAUGGAAUCAGUAACUGAUUUUAUGGAGUCAGUAACUGUCUUUAUAGGGUCAGUAUCUGACCAGUAACUGUCUUUAUAUAGUCAGUGACCGACUUUAUAGAGUCAAUAACUGACUUUACGAGUUGUCAUUACCAGAAUAAUAGCACUUCAAAAUAUAGCAGUUGCAUGUUUCAUCCUUAUUCCUGUUGAGGGUUAUGUACACAUACAAGAUUUCUGUGAGCAUGACCCAGAUGUCUUUAUAAUGGAGGAUGAGUUAAUGUGAGUAACACAUAGCUUCAAUUAUCCAGACAGCCCUGAUUUCAAACAAGUCAAAUUACAAAUUGGCAACCAAAUGAUAUAAAUUAAUUCUUUUGCCAAUAAUUUUUGAAGGAAUUUAUAUUUUGAAACCAAAUUUACGGGAUAGGGAGAUAUGCAUUGAGCAUUUUUACAUAUUUAAUUGGGAUUUUUUAAAAAUGCAUUAUGUAAGAGCUAAAUAUGCCUAUUGCAGGUGUAUUUUCUGGCUUCAAAUGUUACAUUAACUAUUAUUUAGACAUUUAUUCAUAUGAAGAGCCUAUAAUCAACUCUGUAGACCAUAGCAGAGUUUUAAAUGGAUUAGAACACCUGCAAGAUUUAAAAAUUUAAUGAUAAAAUGGAUAAUCAAGACUUAGUCUCAGUUGUCAAGUCCCGUUGCUACAAUAAUAAACAAUCUACAUUGCAUCUUCAAACAGUCAUAACCAGUGAUGGGAUUUCAAAAAUUUUCUUGUCGGACAUUUUGACCAAAAAUAAAGGGACAUAACUCUUAUCGUUAUUUAAGAUGGCAGUUUUUAGACCACAUACAAAAAUCACGUGUAAACAAAAUAUUCAAAUUCGUCCGUAAUAUAAAAAUAGGUGCACCUCGUUGUGACUCAUAACCUUGCUCAGACUAAAAUAUUUUGACUGAAAUUUUCAAUACAUUCAUAUUUCAUUAUCUAUUUUUGAACUAUCAAUAAUCAGAAGGACCAGCUGUCCAACCUCGUGGGUUUUCUCCGGGUCCUCCGGUUUCCUCCCACUGCUAAAGACCCCUACGCACAAGCGAAUUAUUGAAAUAAAAUUAAACCAUGUGUUUGUCCCGAAAUGACCUAGUUUGUGUCGAGUGGACGUUAAACCCCAUUUCUCUCUCUCUCUAAAUCUUACAUAAUGCUCAAAUCUGGCAAUAUCCCUUUAUACCAUUUUGAAUAAUUUCGCCAUAUUAAGACAAUAUUAAGUAUGAUUAUUUGAGACAGGUUGGUUAUUCCUUGAACUUUUCUUGGAAACCAGAAUUAAAUUUAAUUUAUAUUUUUUUAGACAUUUAAUUCAAUUAUUAAAUGAAUACAUACGUUGUUGCAUUUAAUUAUUUUCUAAAUAGUUUUGUUAAUAAAAAUGCACAUCUCUGUUGUCGAAACAAAUCAAAUUCAACUUUUACUAUCGGUAUUUUAUACACCCAUAUUAAACAGUGCAAGAUGAAUCCUUCAUUUCUUUUAUUUUUAUUUUUAUAUACCGGUAUAAAUGUAGUGCCUAAAUCAGUUGGUGAUUAUUUUCUAAUCAAAAUAACUUAAUUAAUUAAAUACUGUAUUCCACAUCAAGAAAUUUCCAUUAAACAUACAUCAUGCAAGAGGUAAAUCUGCCUAUUGCACGUCUUUUUUUUAGGCCUGAAAUGUUAUAUAAAUUAUUAAUUAGACAUUUAUUAACAAAACAAGACCAUAAUCAACUCUCGAUGGCAUCGGAUACUCGAGAUUUUAACUAGAUUAAAACGGUUCGCCAUGUAAAAAUUUAAUGUAAAAAUGGGAAAGAGAGGCUAAGUCUCAAAAUACCAGUGCACUGGUUACCACAAUGCACACAUCUUGUCAAAACUACAAACAGUGAUAACUUGGCUCAGAAUGAAGUAAUUUGAAUGAAAUUUUCAUUUUACAUUAUCUAUUUUUGAACUAUUGUAGCAAGAAUGGUCAGCUCUUUAUCUAAAUCUUACAUAAUGUAUCUUUAAUGACUAAUUGAAGAAAAUGAUAUUAAAAAUGUUGAAAGAUGAACAUGUUUAUAUCAAUAUAAAGGUUCUCUAUCUUCUAGCAUCAUAAAAGGUUUUAUUCAGUGGGAGGGUACCGAUAGCAUCAUACAAGGUUUUAUUCAGUGUGAGGGGGUAUGGAUAGCAUCAUACAAGAUUUUAUUCAGUGUGACGGGGUAUUGAUACCAUCAUACAAGAUUUUAUUCAGUGGGAGGGUACCGAUACCAUCAUACAAGAUUUUAUUCAGUGGGAGGGUACCGAUAGCAUCAUACAAGAUUUUAUUCUGUGUGAGGGGGUAUCUUCUAGCAUCAUACAAGGUUUUAUUCAGUGUGACAGGGGUAGCCUGACGAUAAAUGUGAGUUAAUAGUGUGGUUUACAGUCAAAUUAUUUAGGGGUAAAUUCUUGUACUGUGAAAUAAAGUGAAUGUAAUAUUGUGUAUGCUUACUAUAAUGUGAGUUAUCUGUGAUAUUUAUUAAAAUAUACUCUUCAAAAAAAAUAGGGGAUAUUCAGAAAGGAUACAAAACUUCGGAAAUGCACUGCUGUUUUUAUUAGAGGUAACCAGUGUAUGUUAAUAACAGGCCAAUUGCCUACACAUGAACAUAAACAGUUCAUAUGGGCGCCUUAUUUGACAGCCCCAUUUCAUUCGCAAAGAGAUACACUGUCAAAAGUGAAAAUGGAAGUUUUUGAUUUUUGUCUUAAUCAUUUGUCUUAAUUGCAUUUCAAUAUCCCCUACUUUUUUUGAAGAGUAUAUAUGUAAGUAUAUAUUAAACCAUUUUUUAUGAUCAUGACAUUGUAUAUAUCUAUCUAUAAAUGUUAAAUAUUCUCUUAAAUACACUGGGACCUCACUGUAAUAACUUUCACUAUUUAAUGCAUAGUUAAUGCCAUACUGAUCAGCAAAGAAUUUUCACUUGUCCGCUCCAUUCACUGAUAGAGAUGACAUCGAUGGGGCUUAAUGAGCCCCCAAUAUUAACUUUUUUCCUUCUGCAAAUUAAAUUCUAGAACAUUUUUUUUUAAGCAUUAGAAAAAUAAAUAAAGGUGUUUCAAGUAUAUGUAGGUAAAUAAUAUUUGCUAUUUAGUGUAAAUGGGUAUAUAAAGUGAGUAAAACGCGCCAAUGUUUGACACCGCGUGAUGUGACGUCACAUGAUAAAGCAGUUAUCUUUUACAGAGCUAUAUUAGUCUUUGCAAUACCUCUGCGAAACCGAAUGAGUUAUUGCAGGGAAAUCUUUAGGUAUAAAACCACAGUGUCAUUCAACUGAAGCAUGCUAUAAUAGAUACUUUAUUUUAAACCUCAAUGAUGCACUAGAAACUUUUUUUGUAGUGAAAAUUAAGAGCAUUUUUUGGGGUUGUCCAACGUCAGUUCUACAUGUGACAAUUGUUUCUGGCCAUUGUUACAGAAAUGAAUAACAAGCUUAAAGUGAUGAUAUUAAAUACACUGAUGAGAAGGGCAAAUAUAUCUGAAUGGUUAUAGCGAGGUUCAAGUGUAUAUAUUCUAUUUUAUAUAAUUGUCAAAGUAUAAUAUUUAUAUAUAAAUAAGAAUCCGUCCAAUGAAGUAUAUAUACUAUACUGUGAUAAUAUCUGUUGAGUCAGUUUAAACAAUAAAUACAUUCUAUUAGA